AGGUGAAGUGUCCUCCCCCUCCAGGCAUCGCCAACGGGAAUCACAGCGGCCAGUCCUUGGACACCCACCUUCCAGGUUCGACUGUGCAGUACACCUGCAGGGAUGGCUACUCCCUCAUCGGGAACGCCUCCAUCAGCUCAACCGGCUGCAAAAGACCAGAGAUCACAAACGGAAGAACGACUGGGCUGGAGACCAUGUACAGACUCGCAGACAUCAUUGUCUUCGAAUGCGAUUUUGGUUACGCCUUGAAGGGCUCUCAAGAGUCUCGGUGCCAGUUUGGGGGCACAUGGGACCCUCCUGUGCCCAUCUGCGAAAAGAUGCUACAGUGUCCUUCCCCUCCAAAUAUCAAAAAUGGGCAGCAUGAGAGCAAGGAUGUGAAAGUGUUCAUCCCUGGAACAUCAGUGAAGUACUACUGUGACCCGGGGUAUGUCCUCACCGGGAAAACAACAGUUUCUUGUUUGAAAUCCGGAACCUGGAGCAUCCCUUACCCCCGGUGUGAAGUGAUCACCUGCACAAGCCCCAACGUCCAGAACGGAGAGGUGGCUGAAGGACAGAGAGCUGUGUACCAUCCUGGGGCCAACGUCACCUUCCAGUGCCGCCCGGGCUACGUGCUGUGGGGCAGCCAUGAAGCCAAGUGCCAGCCCAAUGGCCGCUGGGCGCCUGCUGUCCCCACCUGCGAGCCAGUCAUCGCCCAUGCCACGCACAGCGCGGAGCUCGGGGCAAACUUCACCAGCGGCAUGUCCGUGAGCUACAGCUGCCAGCCCGGCUUCUCCCUCCUCGGAGACCCCUCUGUCUUGUGCACAGCCUCGGGGAACUGGAGCCUCCCGUACCCACGCUGCGCAGCUGGCUGUGGGACACCAACAACGUUAUUUUUUGCUGAGCUAAACAAGGAGUAUAAAAAUCAGACUGAGUUUUCUGUUGGGAAGACUGUGAAGUACACUUGUCGGCCUGGAUACAUAAAACAUCCACAGAUACCACCAACUAUCACGUGUCUUGAAAAUCAAACAUGGUCUGAAGCCCAGGAGUUUUGCAAACGGAGAAAGUGUGAUCAUCCAGGAGAACCAGAGAACGGCAGAGUUAUCGCUACAACAGAUCUCUUCUUUGGGUCAACAGUGAAUUACACCUGUAAUGAAGGGCACAGGCUGGUUGGAGCAUCCCAGCGGCACUGUGUGAUUUCGAGCUCUGGGACGCGAGUGACGUGGAGCGGUGAUGUUCCCGUCUGCCAGA